GUAUUAGGCCAAGUCAGUAAUGUCUGCCAUAGAAGCUUGGUUUACCAGCAAUGCCGUAUUGUAGGCACCUAUAUGAUAUCGAUAAAUGAUGUCACUUUAAAGCGAGGACAAUCUGCGACAUUCCCACAAUAGAAUUAUUAUUGCAGUUUUCCAAAAGAAAGUAAUGGUGAUUAUAACAGGUUUAGAGAAACAGAGUCACGCAAAGAUAUGGUGGUUGUUGACUGUGAUGAAAUGAUAAACAGAACACAUUCUUCAAGCAUUCAAUCACAGAAUGCUACCUACUGCUCAUUCCAAUCUCAGGGGGCUCUGUAGUAAGGGUUGCUUGAAGGAGGCAAUAUACAUUCUGAUUACCAAAAACAAUGCUUCUGUAGAGUUUUCAACGUAUUUUCUACCAUCGCAGAUCUGCACUGCCAAGAAUGCCCUUUCAGAGGGUAAGCCAGUCCACUCCCAUGUCGUUUACAGGGGAUUUACAAUUGCUACCAACAUUAUUUUACAAAAUACACUUACCAACAUGUAUGACAGGUGCGGAAGUUUGGUUAAUGCUCGCAAAGUUUUCAACCACACGACCGAACGAGAUCUCUUCUCAUGGAAAAUGAUGAUUGCAGCUUACAGAAGGCACGGUUUUCCUCAAGAGGCAUUGGCACUGUUUCAUCAAAUGCAACAAACUGACACCCAGCCUGACCAGUUCAUUUUUGCCAGCAUGCUCUCAGCGUGCUCUAAAAUCGGAGCUUUAGAAGUGGGUAUGGAGAUCCAUCAAAGAAUAGUGGAAAUUGGGUUUUUGUCAGAUGUUGUAAUUGGGAAUGCUCUGAUAGACAUGUAUGCGAAAUGUGGAAGCAUACACAAGGCACGUGAUUUGUUUGACAAAAUGCAUAAUGCUAAUGUGGUCUCCUGGACUGCUAUGAUUACUGGUUAUACACAAGAUGGUGAUCUAGACGAGGCUUUUAGGAUUUUCAAAAGAAUGCCUCAACGAGAUGCAAUCUCAUGGACUGCAGUCAUUGCUGGACAUGCCCAAAAUGGGCUUGGUAAAAAGGCCUUGGAGAUUUUUAAGCAAAUGCAAUUGGCAGGUGUGAAGCCAAUCUCGACAACCUAUGUUGCCAUACUCACAGCGUGUGUCCAAAUGGAAGCCUUAAAACAGGGCAUUGAGAUCCAUCAAAUCAUAAUUGAAAGCGGCCUUCUGUCCAACAGUGUAAUUGUGACUGCCCUUAUAGAUGUAUAUGCAAAAUGUGGAAGCUUAUACAAGGCACACAAAUUGUUUGACAGUAUGUAUCAUCCAGAUACAAUCACAUGGACUGUGAUGGUCUCAGGAAAUGCACAAAAUGGGCACUGUUUAAAGGCCUGUGAGGUUUUUAAGCAAAUGCAAUCGGCAGGUGUCAAGCCAAACUCAGCAACCUUUGCCAGCAUCCUUCCAGCAUGUGCAAAACUUAGAAAUUUGGAACAAGGUAUGGAGAUCCAUCAAAAAAUAAUUGAAAGCAGAUUUUUCUCACAUAUUAUGGUUGGCAAUGCCCUGAUAGACAUGUAUGCCAAAUGUGGAAGCAUACAGAAGGCACGUGAAUUGUUUGACAAGAUGCUUCAACGAGAUGUAGUCUCAUGGAAUGCAAUCAUAGGUGGACAUGCACAAAAUGGGCUUGUUGAGGAGGUUUUGGACAUUUGUAAGCAAAUGCAAUUAGUGAAUGUGAAGCCAAACACAGCGACCUUUGCCAUCAUCCUGCCAGCUUGUGCAAAACUUGGAGCUUUGGAACAUGGCACGGAGAUUCAUCAAAAAAUAAUAGAAAUCGGAUUUUUGUCCAAUGUUGUAGUUGUAAAUGCACUGAUAGAUAUGUAUGCAAAAAGUGGAUGCAUUCUACAGGCGCGGAAAUUAUUUGAUAAAAUUCAAAAUGCAAACUUGGUCUCAUGGACUGCAAUGAUUUCCGGAUACGCAAUGCAUGGCUAUAAAAUGGAUGCUCUCAAACUCUUUGAACAAAUGAGGCAUUCUGGAAUCAUUCCCGACAGUGUAAGCUUUGUUUGCAUUUUAUUUGCAUGCAGCCACGCAGGCCUAGUGGACGAGGGCUGUAAAUAUUUCAAUUGCAUACGUGACUCUUAUUGCAUUAUGCAUACAAUGGAUCAUUAUGUAUGUAUGGUUGACCUUCUUGGCCGUGCUGGCUAUCUUGAGAGUACCCUAAACUUUAUCAUCAAAAUGCCAAUAAAACCUGAUGGUGUUGUGUGGAUGUGUUUUCUUGGUGCCUGUAGAUCACAUAAGCAUACAGGGCUAGGGCAAUUUGCAGCAGCAGUACUUUUUGAGUUGGAUUUUAAAACUUCCACCCCUUACGUUCUUCUGUCUAAUCUUUAUGCAGAGGUGGGCAGGUGGGGUGAUGCUCAAAAGACAAGGAAAUUGAUGGAUCAUAGAGGAAUUAAAAAGAUACCUGGAUGGAGUUGGAUUUAAGUCUGUAAAACUGUACAUGCUCUAUAUAUAGAAGGCAAUAUACAACUACAAACACAGGAGAUCUAAGCAAAAUUGAAGAAAUUACCCUCACAAAUGAAGGCAGCAUGAUAGAUUCCAUAUAAAAGAUAUUUAUUGAAUGAUGUGGAGGAAGAUUUAUUGCUUUUCCUCUACAUAGAGAAGUUGGCAACUGCUUCUGGGUUGUUUAACAUUGUCCAUAGGAAAACUAUUUUUUUUGUCAAAAACCUCACUCAUUUGCCACACUGGAGCCAGGUUUAUGCUUCAGAUUAUUGCAAAAGAAUUUGUUUUGAGAGUUGGAACCAGGUUCCACCAUUUCCAACAUGAACAAUAUUCUGAGGGAUUUUCGAAGCUUC